UGUUCAGCCUAGCAGGUUGCCCUUUGUACAAAGUAGCUUGGUUGUCCCGUGUCAUCUCUUGAGCCAUCUUAAAAGUGAAGAGAGAAAUCUCUUCACAUUUUUCUGGUCCUUCGAGCCGGAUCUGGUAACUGUGUUGGCGGCGCCGGAAGAAUCUACACCGAAGCCUGUCGACAGCCAGCCUCCAGUACAGAGGGGCUGAAAGCCCGGUGACGUAAAUUCGUCCCGGCCGGUGAAUAGAGGGUUCACCGGUGUCGCCACCACAGGACACCGGAUCCGAAACCUGCGAUUGGCAAGAAGGAGGAAACCAGGAGUCGGAGAUUGGGUCCUGAUCAAGGUGAUACACAGGUCCAACUGGAAAGCGCCCAGGUGGGAAGGCCCAUACCAAGUUUUGCUGACAACACCAACAGCUAUAAAAAUAGCUGAACGGGCGACAUGGAUCCAUGAGGGUCAUUGUAAACUAGUACCAGUGGAAGCCCUCACUGAUCCAUCAAAAGACUAAGGUAACACAUAGUGAGAAGACUAGACAUUCCCUUGGGACGGUCCACCUACCUGAAGAGACCACAAGGGUCCUUCAGAGGGGACAACGGGAGAAAUCCUGGUAACAAGGGCUAGCGAAGACAACCAACGUGGAUAAGACCACCCUGUGUGUUUCCUGCAGGUGAAAUGAUGGGGAGGGUAGUUUGGAUAUUAUUGGUACUGUUAACAAUUGCAUGUGUUACACCACAGGAUGCCUCCAUACAGCAGGCAUCUCCAACCGUUGGACACCACAAGGACCCUUGUCAUGGCGGGUCUAAAGAUACAUGGGGACACACAGCUGACGUCUUAUGGUUUUGUUAUAAUGGCUCAAUAGACGCAACAUUCUUUGUUCCUGCUAGCGCCCUUACUAAACAAUAUGGUGGGUGGAUUGGGAGUGCCUCGACCUGGCAGGGGUAUCCAUGGUACAUAGAAGCUAGGCCUAGCCCUGAUUAUGGGGGUUCAACCUGGGGCCACGUGGUAGCAACCACCGAAAAACAUUGGUCAAAAAACUCAUUUGGUUUUUACAAAUCUGACGUAAAACAGAUGUAUUCUAAUCUCACGUACACAAAUGGAAAGUUCUCUUUCCAUCUAAACACCACGAGAAAAGACUUUACCCCCAAUCAGGGUCAAAAUUGUACCCAACAUCAAAUCUGCGCUUUUGCAAACGGUUUUGAUCCAUGUUGGCAAUAUGCCUUUUGUCGCAUAGCCCCUAAAAUCAAUGCAUCCACCCCAAUCCAGCCAGGGGUAGUCGUACCGGCUCCCGUGGACUCACAGGCAAAAGAAGUGCUGAUCGUAGGAAAAUUCCAGCCCAUCUUCCACCAUCCAUUAGGAUUAGAUCCAGAUGCAAAUACAUGGUAUAAGUCGCUACUAGUUAUACUUCAGGCAGGACAAAUUAAUGAAUCUUGUUACGCGUGUACAUUCUUCCCACAAAGUAUAAGUGAAUCAAUGUUUGUCAGACCACAACCGUUAUCAGAACGUGAAGUGCAAUGUAUGAUGUGUAGCCUGAGAAACAUUACUAAGCCACGAAAUAGCAAUGACCAAUUAUAUUCCAAUUGGUGGAGAACAAACGCCACACAGUGUGACAACUGCACUCAGUUUGACAAUUUACCCAUAAGGGCAAAUUUGUCAACAGGGUAUAAAAAAGAUGAGGCCCUGACCAGGCCCCUUAUGGUAAUCCCCUCAGACCAAAUUGAGACCACCUAUCCCAGAGACCCUGACAGCCCUGACGGAAAUUACGAUAGCACCAGAGAGAUCCACAAGAGACCAUGGGACGACAACAGCGACAGUGACGACACAUCUGUAGCUCCACAGACUCAGUCCACAGCUAUUGCACCCCCACUGCUGCUGUAUGUGGACUGUGGCUGCUGCAUCAGUGAGGGGUCCAGCAAGCUGCAGACAAGGUUUGGGGAGUGGCCAGACCUCCACAUACGGCUGGACAUCUGGUACUUCAUGCAAAGGCUGGCGGUCGGGUGUACCACUGACGCUCAUUCCCUCUACCCCACCUUCAUGAGCUGUCUCUCUGCUGCAUAUUUGGGUGGGAUGCAGGAGACCUCUCUCUGUUGUGGCGGGCAAAGACUCAGGCAGGAGGGUGUGCCAGCCAUGACUGAUCAUGUGGUGGAUGCAAAGAUCAGUAAGAAGGAGCUGAGUCAGUACUGUCUCAGGAGGACACGCGGUAAGGAGGCCACCAUCUGCAGGAACUGGGAGGGGCAAACAGGAGGGACCUCAUGGGGUUGGCACUGCUGGACCAGGUGCGCAUGGAGCACAUCUGGCGUGUGCAGCAACAACACGUCAAGUGCAUCCAGGACCUGCCUGGUGUGCAGCUUCAUACAGAGACGAGCACUAUCAAGAAGGGGGGUGUUGUCCUGA